AUGAGCGGCAGAAGCGUCAAGUUCCGCAGGGACUCACCUUCGGGUGGGUCUUACGAACACCAGAGGAGCGACUCGGGCGUGGGUUCGUUCAGUGACUGCGAGAGUCGCACGUCAAAUCCUGAUGCGGCCUUCUUAGUCUCCGGGUAUGAGGACCGCCCCAGUCUAUACGAUCUCCAGCGCGCUCUCGAAGCAUCGCGUCGAGAACGAGACGAGUGGAUCAGCAAGUUUACCGACGCCGAGAGCAAUCUCAAGCAAUUACGCACCGAGCUGGAGGAGACCAAGGCACGAGUGCGCGCAGUGACGAACGAGAACGAGAUCCUCCGGCAAGAGAAGGAGUCGCUCAGCCAGAAGAACAAGGACCUUAUCGAUCAUAAUGCCGAACUCCAGGAGACAGUCGAUCGGCUGAAGAAAUCCAACCGGAAGAGCGGCAGCUCGUCACCUCCCACAUCUAACACCACCGUGUCAGAGUCCUCUGACGAGAAGAAGCUACGUCGGAGCUCCAGCAAGCGACACAAGGAGAAAGAGCGCGACCGUGAAAAGGACAAGGAACAGGAGCGCGCCGAGCGCCAACGUGAACGUGAUCGCGAAGCGCGCCGGCUGGAAAAGGAAAAGGAAAAGGCUAAGGAGCGGGAAGAGACCGAACGGUUGCGCAAGCGUUUCGAGUCGGCACGCGGCGAGGAAAGCGAUGCAAAGAGCAGCAAUUCCUCAUCCAGAACGCAGCGCAACCGGCGCGACAGCUACAUCGAGCCCCUCGGACAAAGCGCACCGAGGCCCCAGGCCGUGCCUCCCUCACCGUCGCGCCAGUACUCAUCAUACCCCACCACCACCACCGGCUAUCCGCCAACGGCAGCCUACGCUAGCAUUCCCAACAUUCGUGAGCCUUAUGGCACCACCCCGCGAUCGCAUCACCCGACAGUUCUUGUCGACGAGUACAGCGGUUACCCCGUUGAAGAAGAGGACCUGUACCGUGGGCCCCCAGCUCCCCGAUCGGUCCGGCAUCCAAGGUGA